AUGACUACUUAUUACGAGAAAGUUAAAGAAUCCGUAAAAUCAAACGAAACGUUUCAAAAUAGUACCAGAGAAAUCGGUAGAGUUGCAAAUGAUGUUACCUCGGAAAUUCAAAAAGUAGCUGCAAAAAAUAACAUUAAUUCGCCCUUACCUUCUGAUUUCGUAAGUGAGGUCGAUAAAGCUGCUAGUAUUUUGAGUUCUUUUACCGAUAAAUCUGGGGGUGGUUUAGAAAUGACAAUUCCAAAAAAGGUCAUUCAAGAAGCAAAAGGCUUGGCUAUUUUCACUGUGUUCAAAGCUGGCCUUUUUUGGUCAGGACGCGCUGGAUCUGGUAUAGUUAUUGCAAGAACUCAGGAUAAUACUUGGUCUCCACCAUCUUGUAUAAACAUUGCGGGUGUUGGGUUUGGUGCACAAUUUGGCGCCGAUGUUACUAACUUUGUAAUUAUUCUAAACACUGACAAAGCGGUUAAAGCUUUUAGUUCUGGUGACAAUGUCACUUUGGGUGGAGUAUCUGCUGGCCCCAUUGGUAUGGGCACGGAAGUUUCAAGUAGUGUUUAUGAACCAUCUGCAUUAUACUCGUAUAGUAGCUCUAAAGGGUUUUUUGCCGGUACAAUAAUUAUGGAACGUAAAGACGCCAACAAAAAAUUCUAUGGUAGAGAUAUUUCUGCAGCCGAGAUUUUAAGUGGAAAAGGCGAUUUGACACCUUUAUCAACUAACAAUGAUUUGUACGACGUUCUUAAACGUUCUGAAGGAAGAGAUAGCCAACACCAUGAAGGAAAACGUGGUAAACGUGAAACAAAAGAUGGCCAACACGCCGAAGCAAAGCGUGAAGCAAAAGAGAGCAAACAGACAAAACGUGAAGCAAAAGAGAACAAACAUGAUACAAAAGAGGGAAUUACUUGUAUGAUCCCUGUUACUGUUGAAGAGCAAGAAAAUCAAUUAUCAGAAAAUUUAAUGACAAACAAAGAAUUAAUACUAGUAAUUAAUUCAUUGAUUGGAUCCUUGGAUGAAGCUAAUAAGCCACAAUUUAAAGGACUAGGAGCAAAAAAGAAAAAAGAUUUACUAUUAAUUCUGCAACAAGUCAAAGAUCUCAACAAUGGUGCUAAUGGUAGUGAAAUAGAGGAGACAAUUUAA